UUGAUUGGUAAAGUAGCUGACCCAGCAGAUGUGUCCAGCUGUGUGUGGAAGAAUCUGGAUGAUGUCCCAGAGCCACUGGACUGGCUAACUUGGCAGGUGAUUCAGCACAAACCAUCCAAGGAGAGGCAACAUCCAAAGUUUCCCGCUCUGGACUAUGAAAGCAUCCUGUGUCUGCCUACAAGAAGUCAGCCAGAUGGCCUACCUCCACUGAUUGUAUUUCCUCAUGGUGGCCCCAAUGUAUCCUUUGACACAGCCUUCAAUUACAUCACUGCAUUCUUUACCAGAUGUGGCUACGCUGUUCUCAUGGUUAACUACAGGGGAUCAACAGGUUUUGGACAGAGCAGUGUUCUCUCCCUGACUGGAACUAUCGGCACCCAGGAUGUCGCUGAUGUGGAGAGUGCCAUGGUAGAAGUUCUGACUAAAGAUGUUGCUGAUGGCAACCGCUUACUGGCAUUUGGUGGAUCCCAUGGAGGCUUUCUGACAACACAUUUGAUUGGACAGUAUCCCGAUACUUUUAAAGCUGCAGCUACUAGAAACCCAGUGAUCAACCUUGUUU